AUGUUCAUCAAUUUGCAGAUGGCUGAAGACUGUGAACUAGCCUCAGACUUGCCAGGUUGCUGUUCCUAUCCUGGCAUGCCUGGCUACAACAGAUUCGAGGGGAGGAACCUCAAAUGCAACAAGGACGUCCGGUGCCUUGUCACCGAGCAUGUCCUGCCCUGCAAUCUUGGAGACGUGGACAGGGAGUCAGUGAACAUUACGGCCUUGAAGGAUGGGGUCAUAUUCAAUUCCAGCACGUGUGCCAAUUUGAGAGAACGGUGGACUGAGUUCAGCUUUCAAGACCAGAACGGUUUUUCGUAUGCAAUGCAGGAAGCGGAGCACGAGGAGCAAAAUGAGUCAGCCGCAUAUCGGCUCUUCAAGAGCAUUGGACAGGCUGCUAGCGUUGAGUUUUACUUCACAAUUGUGGGGGUGCUGGUGAAGGUGAUUUUCCUUUCGCAACACCCCAACUCUGAUCGGAUCCUCCAGCUUGAUGUUCACCACCACCAGGUUGAUCCGACCACCGGGGAGAACGAAGUGACCUCCUUCCAUUGCGAAAGCCACAUGCAGACUCGCACUGGGCCGAAAGGCGCCUUUGGGCCUCAGGGGCUGCCGCUUUGCGACUCCCGCGAAACGGAUAGGUCGCACUGGUGCCCCACUUGCCGGGUGGCGUUUGACGCGGUGCGGGCGCACCCGUCCUGGCAGCAGCGGACGCUGCGCUGCUUCGGCGGGGAGCUUCUGGAGCUCCGCGCGCGGCCGGAGGAGUGGCGGCGGCUCUUCCUGGCGCUUUCCGCCGGCGCCUGGGCGGAGGCGCUGCAACGAGGCCUCAGCCCAGAGAGGAAGCACUUGGACUACGACUUCCCACGUAGCCCGGACUGCGAGCUGAAAUGGUCUUUGGUUGUGCCGCAGGGCCUGGAAGCGGCAGCUGUGCUGCGCUACGACGGGAGCUCAUGUCGCUUGUGCGCAGUUGACUCAAGCAGCGUGACGCUGUGGCAGGGUGAGGGUGAAGCCAAUCCACCAGCAGUAAAGGCAGCUGUCGGACCCAGCAGCAUUUUCUUGCUGGCACGCGCCUCUCAUAUCGACAUCUUCGACUUUGCAGGCAUAUGGGUGGGAGAGUUAGCCCAGGAUGAGUCUUACAACCUUCUGGACAUCUCCACGGACCUGUUCCUGGCAGACGGCAAGCUGCUUCUUGAGACGGCGUGGGGCUUGUUGGCCUGGGACACGGCUGACACGGCUGGCUUGCAGUUAUGCAGCAUCGCCCCAGAGCUGCGCGGCUUUGGCGACGGCGAAGUCGCUCCACUUCAAGGCCGGCCCUGCGGACGUGAUGUCGUUGCCCUUUGGCCUGAAGAAGGAGGCCGUGCUGUUCAGUUCUGGCUGCUGGAACGCGCCCCCUGCUUGCUGCAGGAGUGGCUGCUGGACGGGGUUGACUUGGUCACAUUCCAGGCAUCUCCAGGGGAGGGCCUGCUGGUGGCGUUGGACUCCAGCAACGUGCUGCGUUUGGCAUUGAUGCCGAGGGACCUGCGGCAAUGGCACCUGGUGGAGAUCAAGCGGUGGCCACUUCUGCCCCCACUGGGCCAGGUCUUGCCUUGCUCUGUGGCGGUGAGAUGCGGCGUGCUCGGCUUUGUGGAAGCGGCCAGCCUGGAAGCUCGUAACCGCACGCUGCACGUGUGGAAACUCGCGGAGUUCGGGCAGCCAUUACCUACGCCACGGCACUUGGCCUUUCCCUUCUGCACUUCAGGGCAGGCAGCGGUAUCUGUGCCCAGGCCUCUCUUUGGGCGCUGGAUGCUGGUGAAGAACUGCUGUCACAUGGAGCAAGGCCGACGCCAGCUGGGUGUCAUGCUCUUUGACCAUGAAGCGCAUGAAGGCCUCAUCUACCACGAGGCCAUGGAAGCCGAUGACUCCACCCUGUUCCGGCGCUGCCACCCUCUGGCGGACCUGAUCCUGGGCUUUUGGACUCCCGCUGCUUCUGGCCAGCGCCUUUUGCUCAUCAACUUGGGGGUCACGCAACGCGAG